AUGGGUGUUCCCAAAUUCUUCCGAUGGCUCAGCGAGCGAUAUCCUGCGAUAUCUCAAUUGAUCGCCGAGAACCGCAUUCCAGAAUUCGACUGUCUGUACCUCGACAUGAACGGCAUCAUUCACAAUUGUACACACAAGGACUCUGACUCCCCAUCCUUUCGGAUGACGGAGGACAAGAUGUUCAUUGCUAUCUUCAACUAUAUAGAGCACCUUUUCGGCAAGAUUAAACCCAAAAAGCUGUUCUUCAUGGCUAUCGAUGGAGUGGCACCCCGCGCCAAGAUGAAUCAACAGCGCUCGCGCCGUUUUCGUACUGCUCUCGACGCUGAAAAGGCUCGUGAGAAGGCCAUCAAAGAAGGUGUGGAGUUGCCCAAGGAAGAACCCUUUGACAGCAAUUGUAUCACCCCGGGUACGGAAUUCAUGGCAAAGCUCACCAAGCAACUCAAAUAUUUCAUCAGUAAGAAGGUCUCUGAAGACGUCGACUGGCAAGGGGUCGAGGUUGUACUGUCUGGCCACGAAGUCCCGGGGGAAGGAGAACACAAAAUCAUGGAAUACAUUCGACAAGCCAAAGCGCAACCCGGCUAUGAUCCCAAUGUGCGCCACUGUCUCUACGGACUGGAUGCCGAUUUGAUCAUGUUGGGUCUUCUCAGCCAUGACCCUCACUUCUGCCUACUUCGCGAGGAGGUUACUUUUGGGAGACAGUCGCAGAAGAAAUCCAAGGAAUUGGAGCAUCAAAACUUUUACCUCAUGCAUCUUUGCAUUGUCAGGGAAUACUUGGAGCUGGAAUUCCAGGACCUGAAGCAAGAGGGCGUUCUUGGUUUUGAUUAUGAUAUGGAGCGAAUCAUUGACGAUUUCAUCUUGAUGGCUUUUUUCGUUGGAAACGAUUUCUUACCCAACUUGCCCAAUCUGCACAUCAACGAGGGGGCGUUGGCGCUUAUGUUCCAAAAAUACAAAAAGAUCCUCCCAACAUUGGGCGGCUACAUCAACGAGCAUGGUGUGAUCAAUCUGCAGCGACUGGAAGUCCUUUUGAAUGAGUUGGCAGAGGUGGAGGACCGUUUCUUCGAGGCAGAAUAUGCUGGGGCUAAGUGGAUCGAUGCGAAGCGACAUGGGCAAAAUGCAGACGAGCCAUUGACGCCUUCCCGUGGACCUCUCAGAGUCUCACCCGAACAAAAGCAGCUCUUCAAGGAGGUGAAGAAGUACUUUGUAUCACCUGUCAACAAGGAUCCUGCGACAAGACAGCCCCUAACCCUACCUUCCACACUCCCGGCACGCGAUCGUAAAUUUGUGCAGCAACUCGCGACAGAUUUGAACCUGCAGUGGUCCACGAAGGAAGACGGCGACGGCAAUCGCUUCAUUCAGUUGGAAUUCCCAGUCAAGGGAGACCAGGCGGAAUCGGACGAGGAAGAUGAAGAGUCGGAACUAGCAAUUAUGCGGGUCUUGAAGCGAUACGAAAAUGCCAAAGUCGAAGAGAGCACCAGCGAACAGGCCCAACAAGACAUGCAGAAGAAGUACGCGGAAAAGUUCCAGGAGUGGAAAGAUCAAUAUUACAAGGAAAAGUUUGGCUGGGGCCUUGAGAAUGAAGAGGCACUAAGAAAAUUGACGGAAAACUACGUGCAGGGUUUGCAAUGGGUUCUUUUCUACUAUUAUCGGGGCGUUGCUUCGUGGCCGUGGUUUUAUCAAUAUCACUACUCGCCAAUGAUCUCGGACGUCAAGAGAGGUCUGGGUGCUGACAUGAAUUUUCAACUUGGGCAACCGUUCCGGCCAUUUCAGCAGCUGAUGGGCGUUCUUCCGGAUCGCAGCAAGAAAAUUGUCCCCGAAGUCUACCACGACUUGAUGACUUCGAAAGAUUCGCCCAUCAUCGACUUUUAUCCGCGAGAUUUUGCACUCGACAUGAAUGGCAAGAAACAGGAAUGGGAAGCUGUCGUCAAGAUCCCGUUCAUCGACGAGCGGCGGCUUCUCGAUGCUAUGGCUCCUAAAGAUGCUUUACUGUCUGAGGAAGAGAAGCUUCGCAACGAUUUUGGAGUCAGUCUGAAAUUCACGUAUGCGCCAGAGGUGGACUACACUUAUCCUUCUUCGCUCGUCGGAAUCUUCCCAGAUCUACCGCAUUGUCAUUGCAUUCAAAACGAAUUUGAACUCCCAACCAUGGAUGGCCUAGAGCCGUACGUGGGUCUGGUGGACGGUGUCAAACUUGGUAUCGCAGCUUUGGCUGGCUUCCCCAGUUUGAAGACCCUGCCAUUUACCGGCUCGCUGGGAUUCCACGGCGUAAAUGUCUUCCAACAAGACAGUCGAAACGAGAGCAUGAUCGUUACGUUGUCAGAUACCGAAGCGCGAGCCCGAGUGGAGUACGCAAAAGUCCUUUUGAACAGGCGUGUCUAUGUCGGAUAUCCAUUCUUGCAAGAAGCAAAGAUUGUCAAGGUUUCAGACGAACUUUUCGACUACGUCAUGGCAGACGACGGGGAAAGCGUGCCUCACCAUAUCAGGGCGGUUGAGCAUUCGGGCGCCGAAAUUGACCAGUUCCGGAAGAAGGCAGAUCGAAUUGAAAAAUACUACAGCAAGAGACUUGGAAUGUUGAUCGGCGAGGUUGAAUCUCUGGUUCACGUUGAGAUGCUCAAAGGACUCAAGAAAUUGGACGAUGGAUCGACUGUUAAGGAGUUUGCCGAGCUUCCAGGUCUGGACACCAUCCACGCAACGCAGCUUAUAGUCGAAAACGUGGUCAGCGAAGACGUCCGUUUCAUUGAGCAGGCAGCUGUGCCUAUCGAAGAAGAGUUUCCAGACGGUACUAAUGCCUUCUUCCUCGGCGAUUACGCUUAUGGACGCCCUGUCAGUGUUAUCGGCCAUGAGAACGGAAAGGCAAAAUGCUUGAUUGCACUUUCGAAAGCUCGCCAGGUGGAAUUCGGGCGUGAGAUCGCUCGCCAAGCCGAAAGACUGUCACCAUACACGCCUUCAUACCAGGUCGCCCAGAGCCUGAACCUGAAUCCACUCGCGUUGGCCAAGAUCACCUCGUCAUUUUCCAUCACGGUGGACGGUACCAGAGUAAAUCUGGGUCUCAAUCUCAAGUUUGAAGCGAAAAAGCUCAAAGUUCUGGGCUAUUCGCGCAAGGGUGCUAGCGGGUGGGAGUUCAGCAGGGCAGCCGUUGAACUGAUCCAGCAAUACAUGAUCAGAUUUCCGCAAUUCAUUGCUGGCAUCCACAAGAACCCGCAGGGUGAUAUGCUACCUGCAACAGCGUACUUCCCCGGCGACGAGCAGCAGGCCAAAGCAAAAGUCAAAGAGAUUCAAGCAUGGCUGAAGGAGAUCGAAUCAAGGAGUUUCGAGAAGGUCCCCCUAGAGGCUGAGCAGUUGGACUCGGAGAUUGUGAAGCGCAUCGAGCAAGCUGCGGACGAAGCCCUUCGUUCUGAGCCCCCUCCAUACAACAAGACUAUCGGAGGAGUCCCUCGUAAUGGACUUUUGAAGCCCUCGGAUGCGCAAUGGCGACUUGGAAAUCAGAAAUUCAGUCUCGGGGACAGGGUGAUUUACGUGGCCGAUUCUGGCAAAGUCCCGAUUGCCUCCAAAGGAACUGUUGUUGGUCUCACUCAAACCACGAGGGAAACUUGGCUUGAUGUUGUCUUCGAUGUCUCCUUUAUGAGUGGGACGUCGUUGGGAGAUCGCUGCUCACCCUUCCGAGGAUCCACUGUGCCGACAUGGUCAGUUUUAAAUCUCAGCAAUCGACAAGUUCUUGCCUCAUCAAAAGCAAGCGCGAACCGACAAACCAAUGGCACGGCGCAUUCUCCCCUCACCGUGUCCGGUUAUGGUCAACCUGGAAUUGGCGGCCAAGCGCAACUACGCCCAGCCGGUACGCCUCCGGCGUUGAGAGGUACAUGGCGGGGAGCCGUAUCCGGGCACCAAUUGAAUGGGCGAGGGCACACGAAUGGCAUGGCAGGUCGAGGCCAGAUGACUGGUAUCUCAAUGCCAAUCCGGAACAUGACGGGCUCACCUGCCAACGGUCACCAGGGCAAUGCGACAAAUGGUCAGCGUGGCCGUGGUGGCCGCGCAUCGAUGGGUCAUGUCAGUGCUCGAGGAGGGUACACGAUCGUUGACCGAGGAGAUGCUCAAACUGGUGUUAUCCAGAACAAUCCUAACUUUCGGCCCAAAUCGCAGAACAACGUCCCUCCACCUGCCACCUUGAACAAUCCUUCCACCCCACGGGGCCGUGGUCGAGGACGAGGCGGUUCGUCUAGAGGAGGACGAGGAGCAACGCCGCGAGGAGGAACAUGA